GCCCACACCAACACAAGACACCACUGGCCCACACCAACACAAGACACCAGUUGCCAACACCAACACAAGCCUGCCACAGACAUAUGCAACCAGUGUCUUGAGCCAACACUUAGUUCCACAAGCCACAGGGGACCAGUACAUCACAUCAAGACAGAAGACCAACACCCACCUGAACACAAGACACCAGUGUCCCACCUGAACACACGACACCAGUGUCCCACCUGAACACAAAGACACCAGUGUCUCACACCAACCCAGGAGAUGUAAGCCACAUUUCUUACAUCACAUUCCAAGGCAAUCCAACCACAGAGGAGUCAUACCCACAAGACUCGUGCGAUAAAUUAUUUAUCUCCAAAGGGUGCUUUUAUCCAAUUAUCACAACAGGAUCCCAGCAACAAGGCUGGGUUUCAGUGGUCAGAACAAUCAAGAAAUUUCAGACUGGGAUUGAAAGAACUUCUAAUCAAUCAGUUUUCCACGAUGAAGUUUGAAGGGUGCUCUGUGAUAUGUACAACAGUGAGGCUCAAGUCAAUCACAGUUAUUGAUUUCCAGCAACUGGCAUCUAUCAAUAUUAGCUGAAAUGCAAAUCCAAGUGCAUUAUCUGCCUGGCUUCCAUGACACAUAAGAUUUACAGUACUGUAUUCAGGAUUUAGUACACAGAUGACUGGAGACAUGACAUUGAGAAUGGUUCCAAACACGGCCAUCUCAUCAUCCGGCCAGACGACAUUCUCUUUUCUUUCAACUCAAUGCUGAUUACCUUCUAAAUAUAUCUGACAUUUACAAGAAAUAUGAAUGGAUGGAUUUCAUGGCUAUUCACAGUGGCAAGAAAGACUCAAGGAUAAUGUUCUAUUUGCAAUUGGCUUUUCUGUGAACUCAUCACAUUCUAUGGAUACAAAACAACAUGGAAAAUAGGAUUAUUUCAAGAUUACGGUUUGUGAUGUGAAAUUGUAUUAACAUGUGACACCCAAUUUCCACAUGGCAAUUCUGUGAUACUGGCCAGCGCACAGUUUGUAUUUCUUAACCUGGACGUACUAUGCAACACUGACGAUGAAGAAGAAGGGAUGUUUCAACAAUCCUUGUUUUCUGACCUAUGCUACCCGGGUGGUGUUCUCCCUGCUAGUUCUGCUCAGUGCUUCCCAGAUAACAUGCACUGUCAUCUUCAUGCUUGUUUGUCGCAGAAGUGCUCGCGACCUUGUGUUGACCCUUGACCUUUCUGUUGACCCCUGUAUAGGUCAGGGCAUCCCUGCCUAUAUGGCAUCCCUAGUUCUGUUGGUGACAGUGCUUGGGUUUGGAUGUCUAGGUCGGAAGGCAACUUCAGUGAUUUUGAUAUUUCUCGGAAUAUGUGAUGUUGGUGUUUCGAUAUAUCUUCACGUCACACAGCUAAAUCAAGACUUUAGUCAAAUCGCGACAGAUUUGAACCACACGCUCUCUUCAUGUGGUGAUGGCAUUGACGUAUUUCUGAACAGCACAGUCAGCAACACCACAUACACUGUUGACAACAACUUCCGAACUUGUCCCAGUGUUUACAACAUAGUAGCACAAACCUGCACGGAAAUAAUCUCUCUUUUUUCACACACACUCACAUACAAAGAUAUGCAAUCAUGUUCCAGUAUUAUCAUACAAUCUCUCACCGACAUGAAGUUCAAAUAUUACCCAGUUUCUCUCCCACUCAUGUUUUUAUCGCCAAUUUUGUACAUAGUGUUAAGCGUUUCCUUGUUUUAUAUCCAACAUCGAGACAAGAAGCUCCCCGGCUAUAGACGAAGGGAGCAUAUUCUCCAUACACCUGAGUUCCGGGAAUGUUCCACAAAGGACACGGAUGACACUGACGUAGGGUCGAGGUGGACACUGAAACUGUGUUUGUUGAACCUGUUGUGGUGUCGUUGUGUUGUGUUGUUCAAACAACAGUACUGUUGUGGAGUGAGGAAAUCACGGAGGGAUAAUCGGGAUAUGUAUGAAUUUGAAGCAUUACCAAUGAGACUCUCACACGAGGAGCCAAUGACGUCUGUUACACAGCUUGUGUGACAAUUGUUGAGACCUUGUGUUUCAUGUGUACGGAGCCAGUUAUAACUGCGACACGGUGAGUUAGAUUGUUGACACCUCGUGUUCAUCAAAGAGAUGAUAUGUGGUUGACAGUUGAGAUGACAAUGUUGACAGUUAUUUCACAUGCACCAAAAAGAUACUAAACUUGCAGCACAAUAUGACAGAUUGUUGACAGCUAGUGUCGGUCAAGCAGCUGAUAUGUGUCUGACAGCUGGGAUGACAAUAUUAACAAUAGUUUAAGCAAGAUACUAAAUUUGCAGCACAAUAAGACAGAUUGUUGACAACUAGUGUCCAUCAAGGAGCCGAUAUGUGGUUGACAGCUGAGAUAACAAUGUUGACAAUUGUUUCACAUGCACAGAGAAGAUACUAAACUUGCAGCACAAUAGGACAUAUUGUUGACAGCAAGUGACCUUCAAGUAACUGAUAUGAGGUUGACAGUUGGGAUGACACUGUUGACAAUUGUUUCACAUUCAUGGAGUAGUCAAUAAACUUGCAGCACAGUAAAACAGAUUGUUGACAGGUAGAGUCAGCCAAGCAGCUGGCAUGUGGUAAUGAUUUGAAAUAACAAAUCUUUGAAUGCCUGUUUCAUCUACAUGGAGAAGAUCAGCUCUGCAAGACAGUAAGACAUAUUGCUGACAGAAAGUGUCCACCAAGCAGCUCCAAUAUGUGGUUGACAGUUGGGAUGACAAACCAUUGAAUGUCUCGGUUUCUGCUGCAUGGAACAGAUUGUGUCACACAAGCACCUGAUGUCUGUUACACAGUCAGAACAACAAAUUGUUGACGUUUGUUUCACACAAAUUGAUCCAAUGAAAUUAAAACAGAUGUGUUACGCUUUUGGGACGACAAACUGUUCAUAUGUGUUUCAUUUUCAAGGGUGGAUCAGCUCUGUGAGACAGCGAGUACAAAAGCUAACAGCUAGUCUACAAUAGAUAGUAUGACAAAGCGAUGACGUCUUGUGCAGAUGAAGCCGAUUGUUGACAGAUGGUGUAUCAAAGCUGAUCUAUGUUACACUGACGACAAAUGUUGACAUGUGUUUCAUCUUCACCGAGUGAUACCAACUCUCGAUGACAGACAGAAAGCUUACAGCUAGUCUCAAACAGCUAUGAUAAACAGGUGACGUCUUGUGUUCCACCUCCACAGAGCAUACCAACUCUACAAGCCAGUAAGACUGUUGACAGGUAGUGUCCUAUAUGUGUUCCUCAGUUGGGAUGAUGAAUUUAUAACAUUUUGUGUUUCCUCUGCACAGAGCAGAUCAACUCUAAAGGGCAGAAAGACUGUUGACAGGUAGUGUCCUAUAUGUGUUCCACAGUUGGGAUGAUGAAUGAAUAACAUCUUGUGUUUCACCUGCAUGGAGCAGAAUAACUCUUCAAAACACCAAGACAAUUUGUUGACAGCUAUGGUCCAACUUGAUGAAAAUUUAAUUUCCAUCUGAACAAAACAGAUGAACUCUGCAAGACAGUAUGAUUGUGGACAGCUUUGUCUCAAAGAUGGUACGGUUAAAAAAGUUGGGAUGAGGAAAGAGUCCAAUAUGCAUGAAUCUUUUAUUCACAGUUAACACGGUUAAGAGAACAAGAAACAUUUAUGGAUGAACAUUUCUUCAUUGGCUCUGAAGGGCUACAUUUUUCCGUUCAUUAAGUGACUGACUUACAUGUACAUGUAACUUUAAAUACUGAUUGUUUUACAUUUACACUAGAUAUAACACAUUGGUCUAAACAUUGUUGACAACUAUUUCCAACACAGAGGCUGACAUUUCUUGCAGACAUGGGACAACAAGUUGUUAACAACUGUGUGUCUCAUAUGCAUGGAACAUUUACAUUUGAUAACUGUACCUACAGUCUGACACACUGUUGACAACUUUGUGUGUAACAAAAACUAAAUCUUUGGUAACUGCAACCAAUC